UAUAGCAGCAAGAUCGCCUUUCUGCAUAGCUUAGCUCGCAUUACUGAUGCUCAGUCAAUGCAUAUUUUUUAUACACUUGCCCGGCCUGUAAGUCUCCACUAUGGUAUGCCCCCUUACGCUUUGGCCCCAACCUUGGUACCCGAUCCGCGCGCAACAGCUCUCCGCAACCCUUGGCCUGCUCGCCCCUCCCAUUUCGCGUACAUCUUACCUCUUACACAAGCCCAAUUCCCCUCGCAGCCUCACAUCCUCGCAUCCUCAUCUCCGCAACACGGGCGCCGAUCUCACUCCAGACAUACGCUUUGUGCAACCCGGCGAACUGACCGACAGGACCGCCGACAGCUCACCACAUCCCUGCGUAUACCAUGCCCAUCGCGGUCGCUAUUUUCGGUGCCCGGGUGUAUUAGCGAGUGGGGCGGGGCGGAGCUCCCGCUGGCGUGAACACGGACUGAGCAUGAUGUCAGCAGCACUGCAAGGUACCCGCGGCCCCCACCUUUUGUUCCCGAUGGCCCGGACUAGGUAUGGUUGUGGAGAGAGGGUUUAAAGCACAUUAUCUGGAUCCGGACAAAGGGUUGGGAAGGGUCAGGGUUUCUAAGCGGGGAAUGAGAGGGUAGUGGUGGAUUUGUCUACGAUCAAG